AUGUGGUUCUCGUUAUCAACAGCUCGUUUGAUGGUUAUCUGCCGGCUCACGUCUCUUACGGUGGAUCAUACUGUAUCAGCAACAAUCAACAGCGUACGUGUGGCAUCAUUCUUUUUCGGCUUUGAUAUGACUUUGGUUAUCCAGCAGUGUUCUAUUGUCGGCAUUCGCCUUUGUAUGGACUCCUCUUCAGCAAAGCUUUUCGGUGGCAAAAUGCUUAAUCGACUUUCGUAUGGUUUUGCCUAUCAGGGACGGUUCCAUUCUUUGAAAAGUGAUCACCAACCUCAGCUUUGUGUCGACUUCUCUUCAUCAUGGAAACUUGUCAUGGAUGCAGCUAUCAUGGUGAAUCAUUCCUGGAUCAACGAGCAACGUCUACGGCAUCUUUCAAUCAACCGGCCUUAUUACAUCGUUGGAUUAUUCUCAUUACCAAGUACUGGUCAUUUGCUUUUAUGUGCAUCUGAAACAACAAGCAGCAACUUCUAUAUCUUUUGGUGUCGCCAAGCUUUGUCUUGUCUGACUGCGGUUAUGGUUGUCGACAAUCCUUUCGAUGGAUAUCCUGCUACGCAUACGUAUUAUCGGUGGAUCAUAUCAGCAGCAAUCACGAGGCAGCAAUCAGCAACAGGGCUCAUAUCUUAUUGUCAACAACAUUUACUCGAUCCUCUGGUGGUUCCCACUAUCGGGCAAUAG